AUGUUCCGGAAAUGCUGCCAGCGGAGGAAGUUCGCGACGGUAGAAGUGUGGGACGUACAGCUUCGGCAGAUUAUCAUCCUCAAUGAACUGCCGGGCGUCGUAUAUCCGCACUGCAAGGAGGCUCAGGAUGCGAUCAAUACCCACAUGUCACGGAACUUUAACGGCAGGGUACCAAUGACGCUGGAGCAGCGCGAUGCGUGGUGUCGGACGCGGGACUGUGGGGCAGACCUGUUGCUGAAGAAGGGGUACGCUGAUCCUGCCUUCGUGUUUGCCUUGAAGGAGGUAGAAUUCGCACCGAAGCCUUGGGAGAAGACAUUGAGCAAGACAGAAUGCCAGACCCGCGCUGACUUGUGGAAUGCUGCCGUGGACCGUUAUAUUGCGGCGAAAACGGACCCGCGUCCGACCAAAGAAAUCGAAGUUUUCUCGAAACUUGGCUUGGACGGAGGUCCUCUGUUCAAGCGCUGCGAGAAUGAGACUUGCGGGAUAAUAGUGGGCUUUGGUGUUGAUUCCGAGUUCUGUGAGCUGAAACGAUGCGGUGCCUGCAAGAAGACGUACUACUGCAGCCCGGAGUGUCAGAAAGAGGACUGGAAGCAACACAAGAAAGAUUGCAAAGGUCCCGAACACACCAUGCAGAUGCUACCCUCCCAGGAGGCAUACUGCGACUUCAUGAAACGUAUGAUCAGCGUGUCUUGGGAGUUGUGCCGGGAGAUAUCAGAGGAGAGCAAAUCCUGA